CCUCACCUCAUCCAUCCAUACCUCCUCUCUGUACCUCUCACGCCGCAUCACUUCCCACUCUCUCCUCUGUCACAAUGGCAUCAGCAGCCUCCUCAUCUUCGUCUUCCACUCCGCGAAUUCUGUAUCGCUCUCUCCUACGGGAGCUACGGUCCAAUCCUUCCACCCCGCCCAAGGCAAUUCGAUCCCCCGCCUUUGCUUCACAGCCCAUCGUCUCCUACGUCAGGCAGUCCUUCCGGGCGUCGACGACGAGUGAUGGUGAAGGAGCGUCCUUGAAGGAGAUGAAGGACUUGGAGCUCUUCUUGAGGAGCAAUAGGGUGCAUAAGGAGCUCCUGGUGCGCUAUAAUCCGCUGCACGACCAGACCGAGGCGGAGAGGGUUAAGGCUACAGCGAGGCGGGUGGGACUAGAUGUACCGGUCGAAUACUUGCCGAAUGCUGGAAAGGAAGAAGAGAUGGAUACGCGGUCGAGCAGGCAGAGGGCAGAUGACUACAAAGGAAAGACAGGGCCGCUGCCGCCCCCGGACUUGGACGCGUAGGGAGGUGCGAGGACAUGGGUACCUGCGGUGGAUCGACGGUGACUGACUUGACAAUAAAGAGACAUAUACUAUUACGUA